AUGAGCUGCUUCAUUGCAAUCUUCUACAGCACCUGGGGCAUCGGCUACUGGAUAGUGGUUGUCGAGGUCACUGCGGUUGGAGGGCCUCGCUAUGCCUCGGCAGCUCAGGCGGUGUCCACGGCCACGUUGUUCGCAGCUGGCUGGUUGACAUCUUUGACUUUCAUAGAUGCUCUCUGUCUGCAGAGACAUCAAGGUUAUCUGUGCUUUUCUACAGCACAUGAUUGCUCCGUGCUGAGGUAA